AUGUACGAAGUGAGAAUCCUCAGUCCAGCCCUCGUCCAUUUCCUCCGUCGUUGCUCCCUAAAGGAAGGCGAGUACUUCCUGAAGGUGCUCAUCCCCAGCUACGCAGCCGGCUCCAUCAUUGGCAAAGGUGGCCAGACUAUCGUGCAGCUGCAGAAGGAGACGGGAGCCACCAUCAAGCUAUCUAAGUCCAAAGACUUCUACCCAGGAACUACAGAACGGGUAUGCCUAGUACAGGGCACGGCAGAGGCCUUGAAUGCCGUUCACAGCUUUAUCGCAGAGAAGGUCCGAGAAAUCCCUCAAGCGAUGACCAAGCCCGAGGUGGUCAACAUUCUUCAACCCCAAACCACGAUGAACCCCGACAGAGCCAAGCAGGCUAAGCUCAUCGUCCCCAACAGCACGGCGGGACUGAUCAUCGGUAAGGGGGGAGCAACCGUGAAGGCGGUGAUGGAACAAUCCGGCGCCUGGGUGCAGCUGUCGCAGAAGCCCGAGGGCAUCAACCUACAGGAGCGCGUGGUGACCGUGAGCGGCGAGCCCGAGCAGGUGCACAAGGCCGUGAGCGCCAUCGUGCAGAAGGUACAGGAAGACCCGCAGAGCAGCAGCUGCCUCAACAUCAGCUACGCCAACGUGGCGGGGCCCGUGGCCAACUCCAACCCCACCGGCUCGCCCUACGCCAGCCCGGCCGACGUGCUGCCCGCCGCGGCCGCCGCCUCUGCCGCUACGGCCGAGAAGCUGGCGGCCGAGAGCGCCAAGGAGCUGGUGGAGAUCGCGGUGCCCGAGAACCUGGUGGGGGCCAUCCUGGGCAAAGGGGGCAAGACGCUGGUGGAGUACCAGGAGCUGACGGGUGCGCGCAUCCAGAUCUCCAAGAAGGGCGAGUUCCUGCCCGGCACGCGGAACCGGCGGGUCACCAUCACGGGCAGCCCCGCGGCCACGCAAGCCGCUCAAUACCUCAUCAGCCAGCGGGUCACCUACGAGCAGGGGGUGAGGGCUUCAAACCCACAGAAAGUGGGAUGAGGCCUGUGGUGUGCGUCCCCACCCCCUCCCGCUCCUCCUCCCUCCUUCUCCUCCUCUCCCAACUCCCGCCAGACUUCAGCUUGGUGUGACUCCUGCUUGGCUUGGGAUGGGGCUGGGGUAGGCCUGGCUGCACCCUCCGUUCUGAUAGUCAUAGGCAGGAUUGAGUGACGGCUGGGAAGGGGGCUUUUGAGCCCCCUUUCCAGCCUUGAACUGACCCCUCCUCCCUCCCUCCCUGUGCUUGACUGGGCCUGACCCGCCUCUCCCAGGGUCCAGGUCUAUGUGAUAUCUGUAUAUAUUGCAUUUUGUUGAUUUUAAUAGAAAACAAAGCGUUAUUUUCUCUUU